GCUUAGAAUGGCUUGAAUUUGAGUCUCAUGAGAGCCGGAAUACAGUCUAUUCUUUUUAGCAACGCACUGCUGCUGCUGCUGCUGUCAACAUAAGGGGCCUACUUGACCGACAGACUCAAUAACAGUGGAAGAGGACACUCAGCUUGAUGCUCAGAACAUGGAACCAAACUAACUGAAUGAACAAUCUCUCAUUUGCACUUUUCUGAAUUUCCUCAUUGCCAGGAGAACUUUAUAGAGCUGAACACAUUGGAGACCUUAGUCAGCAACAUUGGAAGUCAUGGUCCCCUCACUGCACUGGCUUCUGCUACUGUGGGGACUUCAGGGUCUUUGGGCACAGGACUAUGAAGAAGACUAUGAGGAAGAGGUGGUGACCACCAAGAAGAAGAGCAGACUAAAUCCAUCCAAUUCCAUACCGCAAAAUGGCAAAUCACUAAUUGAUGAAGAUUGCAGUUUGGAGUUAGCCUUCCUGAUCGACAGCUCAGAGAGCGCCAAGGACAACCAUGCACUGGAGAAGCGCUUCGCCUCAGACGUGAUGGACCGGCUGCAGAGCCUGCGGCUGCAGACCGGCCGGGGCCUCAGCUCCCGGGCUGCCCUCCUGCAGUACAGCAGCCAUGUCAUCAUCGAGCAGACCUUCAAACAGUGGAGGGGCAUUGCCGACUUCAAGGCCCGACUCGCUCCCAUCGCGUACAUCGGUCACGGCACCUACACCACCUUCGCCAUCACCAACCUCACCCGUAUUUACCUGGAGGAGUCGGAUCCCAGCAGCAUCAAGGUGGCCGUUCUGCUCUUCGACGGCAUCUCGCACCCCAGGAACCCAGACAUCUUUUCAGCCGUGGCCGAUGCCAAGAACCAGGGCAUCCGCUUCUUCACCAUAGGCAUCACACCUGAAGCCAACGAGCCCGCCAAUAUAGCUCAGCUGCGGCUAAUUGCUAGCUCCCCAGCCUCACGCUACCUUCACAACCUGCAGGACCGAGGCAUUGUGGAUACAUUUAUGAAGGAGAUUACGGCGCUAGCAGAUGAAGGGUGUCCUCUGGCCCAGAGCAAGUGUGCGUGUGACAAGGGUGAGAGGGGAGCCAGCGGCCCUCCUGGAAAGAAGGGCCGUCCUGGAGAAGAUGGAAGCCCCGGCACAAAAGGACAGAAGGGUGAGGGUGGGCUCAGUGGACUUCCGGGUCGGGAAGGAUCAGAGGGAAAACCUGGAUACAAAGGAGAGAAGGGAGAGAGAGGGGAGUGUGGCACACCUGGAAUUAAGGGAGACAGAGGUCCUGAAGGUACAAUUGGCCCAAGAGGAAAUCGUGGACUUCAGGGUUCUCUUGGUCCACCUGGCGAUGUCGGACCUGAAGGUGCAAUGGGUAAAAAAGGGGAAAGGGGACUUCCUGGGCCACCUGGAAUCCAAGGAGAAACAGGGAUUGGCCUUCCGGGACCCAAGGGGGAUGUCGGUUACCCGGGGCAAUCAGGGCCUCCUGGUCCUCCAGGACUUGGUGAGCCUGGACCAUUGGGGCCUCAAGGGCCACAGGGAGUCCAAGGAGAGAGAGGACAGAUAGGAGAAGGUCUCCCUGGACCAAAGGGAGAGCGAGGCUUGGCGGGGCCGCAGGGGCCCAGAGGACAGCCGGGCGCUGGAAUCAGAGGAGACAAGGGGGAUAUUGGCCCUCCAGGUUUUCCAGGGCCCCUCGGCCUCCCAGGAGCAGGCAUACAGGGCGAGAAGGGCAUGGAAGGACCAAGGGGGCCACCGGGUAGCAGAGGCCCACAAGGAGAGGGCUUGCCUGGAGCCAAGGGGGACCAAGGUUUGCCAGGCGAGGUGGGCGCCCCAGGAGAGAGAGGGGCGGGGGACCCUGGAGCAAAGGGUGAGCCAGGAUCAACAGGAAUGUCUGGUUUGCCGGGCCUGCCAGGGGAGGACGGAGCCCCUGGACAGAAGGGUGAGCCAGGCCCUGUAGGUCUCAGGGGGUCCGAGGGGGCACCUGGAAUUGGCAUCCAGGGUGAAAAGGGCGACCAAGGCCAAAGAGGAAUAAGGGGCUUGACUGGUCCACCUGGCAUUGCUGGACCCUCAGGACCAAAGGGAGAACCAGGGGCACAAGGCAGGGGGGGUUCCCCUGGUCCUCCGGGUCGUUUCGUCGCCGGGCCCAAGGGUGAUCUUGGCCCAAGUGGUCCUCCUGGUCCGAUAGGGGAGACUGGCUACGGACUUCCUGGUCCAAAGGGGGACCGUGGGGAUUCAGGCCCUGCAGGUCCAUUCGGUCCCAAAGGAGACGGCUAUCCCGGCCCUGUGGGCCCUCCUGGUCUGCCUGGACUUCCAGGAGAACCCGGCCAGGAAGGAGUGGGCAUCCCUGGACCAAAGGGAGAUGUUGGUUUCCGAGGGUUGCCUGGUUUACCAGGACCUCCGGGCGAAGGCCUCCAAGGACCUCUGGGUAACCCUGGGCGGCCAGGCCCUCCGGGGCCAACAGGGCCACAAGGACAAGGAGUUCAAGGACCAAAGGGUGAACAGGGGGCCCAGGGAGUGACAGGGCCAAGGGGGGUACCUGGUGAAGGUUUACACGGAGCUAAAGGUGACCGUGGCUCGGCAGGGGAGAGGGGGCUGAAGGGAAUCAAAGGAGAUUUGGGAGAUCCUGGAACCCCGGGGGAACCUGGCCGACCUGGUGUCAAAGGUGAAGCAGGCCUCACUAGAGAGGACAUCAUUCGGAUGAUCAAAGAGAUCUGUGGAUGUGGGAUCAAGUGUAAGGAGAGGCCCAUGGAACUGGUGUUUGUCAUCGACAGCUCGGAGAGCGUGGGCCCAGAGAACUUUGAGAUAAUCAAGGAUUUUGUUAACGCGCUGGUGGACCGAGUCACGGUGGGCCGCAACGCCACCAGGAUCGGCCUGGUGCUGUACAGCCUGGAGGUGAAGCUGGUGUUCAACUUGGCCCGCUACGUCACCAAACAGGACAUCAAGCAGGCCAUCAGGAACAUCCCAUAUAUGGGAGAGGGCACCUACACCGGCACCGCCAUCCGUAAAGCCACCCAGGAGGCCUUCUUCAGUUCACGUUUGGGAGUCAGCAAAGUGGCCAUCGUGAUUACUGACGGGCAGACGGACAAGCGAGAGCCAGUGAAGCUGGAUAUUGCUGUACGAGAAGCACAUGCUGCCAAUAUUGAGAUGUUUGCUCUGGGGAUUGUGAACACCACCGACCCAACACAGGCUGAGUUCAUGAGAGAGCUGAAUCUGAUCGCCUCUGACCCAGACAGCGAGCACAUGUUCCUCAUUGAUGACUUCAACACCCUGCCAGCGCUGGAAUCCAAAUUGGUCAGCCAGUUCUGUGAGGACGAGAAUGGAGCCCUGAUAUAUAACAGAAUAAUUAACGGCUAUAACGGCUAUGGAAACAAUGGCUACAACAGCCACAACGGCAACAGGAAUGGCAACAAUGGGAACUAUGCCAUCGGUGGUUAUGGAUACCGGCCUGUGACUGAGCAGCAGGUACUGAAUGGCCGUCAGACCGGCAUCAACACUGGGGCCAGCACUCCGAGCCAUGGAGGCCGGGUAGAGACCACCCAGCAUGGCAGCAGAGGAUCCAGCACAGGACAUGGAGGAGGAGGGCAACAUGUGUUCACUGAGACACACUUGGGAACUGAGCGUGGGGACACAUUUAACCGCAACACAUCAGACAUCAGACCUCCUGCCAAAGAGGACUCCUCCAGUACCAGAGGUUCCUCAUCUUCAUCAUCAUCUUCUUCGACAAGAAUAACCACAUCCUCCUCAGGUGUAUCUGUACAGCUUGUGCCUGCACUAAGGCCAGCUCUUCCCAAAGAGACUGUACCCCUGGACCCUCGCUGUGGCCUGGUUCUGGACCAGGGCACGUGUCGGGACUAUAACAUCCGCUGGUACUAUGAUAAGCAGGCCAACGCCUGCGCACAGUUCUGGUAUGGAGGCUGUAACGGCAACAAGAACCGCUUUGACACAGAGGGGGAGUGCAAGAGGACGUGUGUGAUCGCCAGAACCACCGGAGGCUGAGUGAAUGCAUCUGCUGUAGAUACUUCAAGGAGGGGCAGCUAAAACCAGCCUUUUUUCACAGGUUUAUGUAAAGUUUCUGCAUACACAUUUACACUGAUGUUCCAUAUCACUGUUACAUUUCAGUUCCUGUCUUUGUGCCCCCUCCUGUACCACUUAUUGUAAUGAUUCUCCUGUAAUUACAGUGAAAGAGAGCCCAGCUUUGAUAGAUACUUCCGUUGUUUUGUUUUUUAUAUCAGCACGGAGGAUACUCAAUCACUCCUACUCAGGAAUAAAGAUGAGCGAGUGUGUCCACUUUCCAGGGGAUUCCCCCACCGCUCGGACAUGUUUUUCAUACACAGUCUGUGAGUGCUGCAAAGAUUGUGAAAAAAAUGGACUGGCCAGUGAAUAACUGUGGUACCUUAUCAAUGUCAUAAUCAUACAUCGCAUCAGUUAUUCAAUAUGUCAUAAGGACAUAGUGUAGCUAUUCAUUUCUUUACUCAAACAAUCACUGUAGGGCAUAUUGGUGCCUAAUCACAAGAGCCAAUAACACAACACAAAUGAAGCCUCUCAUCGUUUAUAUCAAUAAAAUAUAGUUUGUUCUUUUUUAUAUACAUAUAAAAAUGACUGAUGCUCUGUAACUUCAUGGAAUAAUUCUGUGCAUUACUGAAUGAAAAUGUGAUGUUUUGUGUUUACAUGAUUUCACUUCCUUCCUACCACUAACCUUUGUUAAAGCUGUAAACUAAUGGACAGACACACACACACACACACACACACACACACACACACACACACACACACACACACACACACACACACACACACACACACUGCCCUCUACUGGGUAACACAUGCUGAUGUCACUGAAGUCGGUACUACAGAACAAGAUACUAGAAUUGUACUUCCAUUGUUGAACUACUGGUUUGUCACUACAGUAUAUUACUCAGCUGUCCUGACUCUAUGAAUACAUAUUGUACUGUUACAUGGUCAACAUUUGAUUUCAAACAUUUUUUAAUAAAUCUGAUCUAAACUAA